AUCAGAGAGAGAGAUCAGAGCGUCUCAGAGGGAGAGGAAGAGAGGAGCGUCUCAUCGCCGCCGUUUUUGGCCUGACUUCGAGAACUGCCUUGCCUAAGGUUGAAUCGUCAAUGGAGAAGAAUUGUCUUCUGGAAGUGGCUCCAUUGUCUUCUUUGGAAGAAUUGCAAUUCAUCUGGAAGUGGUUCCAUUUUUCUUCUGAAAGUUCCAUUGGCUGCUCUUCUGCUCUUCUCAACCAUUUUCUUUAAUCAGAUUCUAAGAAUUUAGCACUAUGGUUCAAAAUUAUGUUCUCUUUUGGAUGGAUUUAAUGUGUUCUUGGUGGUCUGUCUCUGCAUGUUUCUUGGAUUCAAUUAUGUUUUUGCUAUCAUGAGAAUUUCAUCAAAUUUGUGUGCUUGAUUUCAAUUCCAUGCAUAUUUGAUUAUGUGUUAUUUCCUACCCUACCCUACCUCACCUCACCUCACCUCACCUCACCUUUAUAUUCAUUUCCAUAGAGCUAAUGCACGGCAACAACUUUGUUGUCUGGGUAUUUCUUUUUCUCAUUUAUCCCUAUGGUCUCCUUGUUGGAGGUUAUGUUUCAUAUGUUGACUGUUGUUACUGGUUUACUAUGUGGUGUUGCAUUGCAUCCGUGGAUGAUGUAUUUAUUGUGUCAAUCGAUUGUUACUGUAGAAUGAGGAUGAGAAGUUAGGUUUUGUUUCCCAAUCUACUUGAAUUAAAGCUAUUCGUGCUUUAUUCUUUUCUUUUCUUUUCUUUUUUUCAAAAAAAAUUGCUAUGAAAUCGUUAACAGAGAUCCCAUUUAUGUGCUUGAUCUGAAUUGAGUGUUUCUUGAAUUAGGCUUUGGUGACUAUUGUGAUUGGAAGCAGCUCUUAAAGCAUCAAAGGAUUAACGGUUCGUUGUUCAACUUUCCGGCCACCACUGCUGCUGCUCUGAUUCAAUGCCCUGAAGAUCAUAAAUUCUUUCAAUACUUGGCUACUGUUGUCGACUCUUUUGAUGGAUGGGGUAAAAGCAGUGGGACAAGAUAUACAUGGAUAAUAUAAAAUCUAGUGUUGCUGUUAUAAGGAAACUUUCUGAGAAUUGGAAUGAAUUUUCUUUGCAACUCUCAUCUCUUCAAGCCAUUAAAGACACAGUCAAGAAUUUCAGGAAGAAGGGAACUGUUAAUUUCAUUCUGAGGAUCCACUGGGCUGAAACUAAUGAGAAUUAUCUUCUAUAGAGCUUCACAUGUGAGAAUAUAUGAAGAACUGGUUUUGAAGAAAAUUCUUACAUGGAAGAGAGAGUUUCUGAAGCAACAACUGUUGAACCAAAACAUUCCUGACAAGAAAUUAUUUACAGAGGUGGAACAUGACUUGAGGAAUUCCUACGGAAAACUCGAUCGAGUUAGUCAUGGACGAGGCAUCGAAUUAUACAGUGUUGAAGAAUUUCAUAUGCUAAAAACUGCAUAUAGGUGGAACCUCUUUCAUAGGUGAAACUAAUACUCAAGGCAUGGUUUGAAGCUCUAAUGGUGUGGCAGCACAGUUAGGUUGCUGCUAAUGGUGGGAGUGUCGGAGAGAGAGAGAAAAAACAUGGUGGAAAGAUGCAGCAGGAAGAAGAAAGUUAGUCGUAUGAAUGGACGCGGCUAUGGCGGUGGGAGAAGAAGACUCGACCACCCGGCGGAAAAGUGCUCAUCGUGCAAUUGGAACAUUAUCUGCAUCUGGACAGGAAAUUCAUUACGCUGGGCUCAUCAGGGAGGGGGGCUAUGGUGUGCUUCUUCGUUGCUUCAACAGAUGAGCAAGAGAAAAAGUGGAUUGGUAAAAGGAUGAACGCCAAAAAAAUCAAAAAGGGCACUGGCCACUAAAAUGUGAAUUCCGUGAGGUGAAAUGUGAAUCACAGUAAUUACUAUUCAGUAGGAUGACAUAUAUAUAUAUAUAUAUGUAUACACAACGGUGCACUUCAAAAACCUCGAAAAGAAUUCUCAGUAGAACAAAAUUGCAGGAAUAGUUUGGCCAGGAUAAUGACCAAGAGUUCAAGCAAUGGGAGAACUAGUAGAGCAGGUUUCGGAAUUGUACCAGAGGAGCUAACUGAGGAUAACUAUGAAUACUGGAAGGUAUGUCUGAAGAAUUACCUUGUUGGGCAUGGACUCUGGGGAGUUGUCUCGGGGAAGGAGAUCGAACCAGACAGGAACCAAAAACAGGAGCAUGAGGAGUGGAAGAGGAAGAAUGCACUGGCCUUGCAUGCCAUCAAGAUGUCCUGUGGGCCGGCAAUUUAUUCCAAGUUUAAACAAGUGCGCAUCUCUGCUCGUUAUGCUUGGAAUCACUUGGCCGAAAAAGUGAAAACACCACAUACAUUUCAUCCUUCGGAUCAUGAGGAUGAAAGCAGCUUGCAUGAAGACAUUGGAAUGGCAGAGUACAUUGGUUAUGAAAUCUUAUACAAGGCCAUUGAAGAAGGCAACUUGAAGGCAGUGCUAGAUUUCCUUAAACACAACCCAGAUGGAAUGAGGGCAAGAAUUUCUUCUCACAAAGACACAGCUCUUCACAUUGCUCUUCUAUCAGGACAGACAAGAUUAGCUGAGGAAUUAGUGAAGAUGAUGAAUCCUGAGGACUUGGAACUAACGAAUGAAUAUGGAGCCACUCCCCUCUCGUUAGCUGCUAUCGAUGGGGCUGAUAAACUGGCUAAGCUAAUGGUACAUAAAAACAGACACUUGGUACAGAUGGAUAAUGAACACGAAGAUGGGCAUCUUCCGGUUAUUGUUGCUGCACAGUAUGGACAAAAACAUAUGGUUCAUUAUCUCUACAAAGUUACCCCUAAAGAAGUGCUAAGUCCUGAGUAUGGUGAGAAUGGAGCUACACUGCUUAACUGCCUUAUCACUGCUGAGAUUUACGAUGUAGCUUCAAUGCUGUUAAAACGGUAUCCAAGACUUGGUGUAACCCCAGAUCAUAGUGGCAAUUACACCCUUAAAAUACUGGCCCAUAAACCGUCUGCAUUCCCCAGUGCAACCAAACUUCUGUUCUGGGAAAAAUGGAUCUAUACUUUAGGUGUGCGGAUACAUUCGCCAUGGGAAACUCAACGAGUAUCCCAUAGUGAGGAGCACAAGAAUAUUGAGAGAUGGAAGAGUUGCAAUGAUCACUGCAUUGAAAUCAAGGAAGUGAGCGAUGAGGAGAGCUCUGAAACGGCGCACAUAGGCCAACGAAUAAAGGCUCAAGUGCUGAGGCUGCUGCACAUACUCGGAUGGAGCAUUUUGCGCUGCCUUGUUCCAGAAAUCAAGCGCAUACACCACAGAAAGUUGAUACACGACGAAGCAGUGAAGCUCCUAAGCUGCAUUUUUAAGGAAAUGAGGAAAAUGAGCAAGUCCGAGCUUGAAAAGAUGGAUGUUGAUAAGAUCAUUUAUGACGCGAUCAAGCAUGGUAUUGUUGAAUUCAUCAUCGAAAUGAUCAAAUACCAACCGGAGAUCGUAUGGAGAAAAGAUAAAAAAGGGAGAACGAUUUUCUCACAUGCCAUAGUUUUGAGACAAGAGAACAUCUUCAGCCUCAUAUACAACCUGGGCACGAAGAAGAACAUCAUGGCCCGCCGACAUGAUCUUUUUGGAAAUAACUAUCUGCAUUUAGCGGCGAAGUUGUCCCCUUCAAAUCAACUCGAACGUGUCUCGGGAGCUGCCUUGCAGAUGCAAAGAGAAAUGCAGUGGUAUAAGGAAGUGGAAAGCAUCGUGCAGCCGAAGCUGAAAGAAGAGGCGAACGAGAACAACAAGACACCGAGCACGGUGUUCAGCGACGAGCACCGAGCCUUAUUCAAAGACGCCGAGCGUUGGAUGAAGAACACCGCUGGAUCGAGCAUGAUCGUGGGCACGCUCAUAGCAGCUGUCAUGUUCACAACAGCUUUCACCGUCCCCGGCGGCAACGAGAACAGCUCCGGCCUGCCGACAUUGCUGGGAAAAGAGCAGAGACCGUUCCUGUUCUUCAUGGUCUCGAACGCCAUCUCGAUGUUCAGCUCGAGCACCUCCGUGCUGAUGUUCCUGGGGAUCCUGACGGCGAGGUACGCCGAGAAGGAUUUCCUCAGGUCGUUGCCGACGAAACUGAUAUUUGGGCUGAUAUGCCUCUUCUUCUCGAUUGUGACGAUGAUGGCCUCGUUUGGGUCGGCGCUGUUCCUGAUUCUGCACAAGGAGGUCGAGUGGAUCAGCGUGCCGAUCAUCGUGGUUUCGACCAUUCCCAUUGCGUUGUUCUCGAUCCUGCAGUUUCCGAUCUUGGUAGAGAUGACCCACCGGACGUAUGGAUCCACCAUCUUCAAGAAACCGAAGAAGCUGCUUCUUCGGUUCUCCGGCUGACUUCCUCCAACCGGCUGACGACGGUGGUGGUACGUGUCUGCCAGGUGUCGGUGAUCUGGCGCACCCGUGUACUCCAGCGAGCUAUGUAGCAAGCAUUUCCAGUCCCCGUUGACUAAAAAUGCAAUAAUUUUUUAUUUAGUAGAAUAAAAUGAUAAAAGUGUUCUAAUCCGCGACACUAAAA